UACAAGCUUAUCAUCAGUAGCUUUGACAAGGGAAUGGAAUGACACAUCGGAAAAAACAGAAAGAGCCUAACUUCACUCGGUUUUGUAUCACACAGUGUGUAAAUAGUAAUCCAAUUUUGCUUAUCACUAUUAUGGUUGUAUAGCAAAGUGCAUGAAAUUCUUUUAUCAGUCCAGUGUAGCUUCUGCCAAAUAUUCCAUUUCAUCGUCUUCUAGAAUAGCAAAUCCGUGAUAAUAAUGGCCGUGUCGAAUUCUGUUCGGAUUCUCUUUCAUCUCAUUGCAACGGCAAUGUUUUGGUACGCCAUCCAAUAUGAGUACAAAUAUGUUAAAAUUCCCGUGGAUCAACAUCCAAUGGCUAGAGCCAUUGGAGGAAAGUUUAAGUACUUAACUUUCCUCAAUGCAAUUUGCCAGGCAAUUUACUACACAAUUGCCCUUGUGAAUGACUUGAUUGGCUCCAAUAAGGUAGCUAAAUCCAAAUUGCCUGUGAUCCGGAGGGUAAAGGAUUACAUAAUGGUAUCUCUUGCCUUUCCCUUGGCUGCCAAUGUUAGCACCACCUUCUGGAGUCUUAUGUUCAUUGAUAGGGAACUCGUAUUCCCCAAAGCCUUCGAUGCCUUUGUACCAUCAUGGCUUAAUCACAUAAUGCAUACCAAUAUUCUAAUUUGCAUUGUGAUCGAAUUAUUCAUGUCAUUCCGCAAAUAUCCGAGCCGCCGUGAGGGCAUGCUAGGCCUCGUACUCUUCAUGCUAGGCUAUUUAAUUUGGAUUCACGUCAUCCGUCACUAUUCCGGAGUCUGGGUUUACCCAAUUCUAGCAGUCCUACCAUUCCCCAUGCGCAUUGUCUUCUUUGUCGUGGUCAUUGGAUUGACUGCACUUUUCUACAUUCUUGGAGAAUUCAUGAACAACACCAUUUGGACCAAAGAAUUAAAGACACUUAAAUCAUCCAAGAACAAGUAGAUUCUUCUCAGCGAUAUUCAUUUUUUUUAAAAAAUCAUACAUCACAACUUUAUUCAAAUUUUUUACGCUAGAUACAGGUAUUUUAUUUUAUUUAGUUUCUGUUUUGUUUUAUAAAAUGAGCACAGAGUUAAUUAGGUGAGGUUUGUUGUUUGUUUUUUUUUCCAAAGUAAAUUAAAUACAAAAUGUAGAAUACUUAGAGAUUCUAUAUAGUAAAUGCUUAUAUAGGCUAGCCAUAAACAUUGCACAAACUUUAUUAUUUGCAAAGCAAAAAUUUUUUGCAUAAAAAUAGAUUGUGAAAUGUUUAUGGCUUCAAUUACAAAAGCAAUAUUGUAUUAAAAUAUUUGUAUAAAAUAUUAAUACAAAAUGAAUACAAAGAGUUUUUUCAAUUUUAAAA